GGGAAGAUGGCUUCGUACCAUUGGCGGGCUGAAGCGGGAUGGCCCCACGCAGGGAAGGCCGAAGAGGAACCCGGCGCCGGCUAUAAAUUGGAAGCAAGAACUAGCGAAGGAGUCCACCGGGUAAAGCGGCGAUCGAAUAAGAAGGAGAAGGAGGAGGAGAGAGAGGUGGGAAGGAGAUCGAGUAGUCCACGAAGAGGAGGCUUCUUCAAAUCUCCAUCUCCUCCUCCUCUUCAUCCACGCCUCAUCUUUCUCAGCGCGGGCAUGGGCGCAGGCGGACGCAUGACGGUCCAGGAGCAGGAGGAGGCCAAGGAGGCAACCCUCCGCUCCGGUGCCGGCGACAAGCCCCUCCACCGUGCCCCCAUCGAAAAGCCACCCUUCACUCUUGGCCAAAUCAAAAAAGCCAUUCCGCCGCACUGCUUCCAGCGCUCCGUCCUCCGCUCCUUCUCCUACGUCGUGUACGACCUGAUCCUCUCAGGAACCUUUCUCUACUUCGCCCUCGCCGUCGUUCCCCAGCUCCCGACGGCACUCGCCGUCUUCUCGUGGCCGUUGUACUGGGCCGCCCAGGGCUGCGUGCUUACGGGCGUCUGGGUCAUCGCCCACGAGUGCGGCCACCAUGCUUUCUCCGACUACUCCCUCCUCGACGACGUCGUCGGCCUUGUCCUCCACUCCGCCCUCCUGGUCCCCUAUUUCUCCUGGAAGUACAGCCACCGCCGCCAUCACUCCAACACUGGCUCCAUGGAACGCGACGAGGUGUUCGUCCCUAAGCAGAAGACUGCCCUCCCCUUGUACGCCAAGUACAUCAACAACCCGCCCGGCCGUCUCCUCAGCCUGGCUGUCACCCUCACCCUCGGCUGGCCGCUCUACCUGGCUUUCAACGUCUCCGGCCGAGCUUACCCCCGCUUCGCCUGCCACUUCGACCCCUACGGCCCCAUCUACUCCGACCGCGAGCGCGCGCAGAUCUUCGUCUCCGACGCCGGCCUCCUCAUCGCCGCCAUUACUAUCUUCCGCGUUGCCGCCACCUACGGCGGCUUCUGGUGGCUCGUCCGCGUCUACGGCGUGCCGCUCCUCAUCGUCAACGCCUGGCUCGUCAUCAUCACCUACCUGCAGCACACUCACCCCGCGCUCCCCCACUACGACAGCACCGAGUGGGACUGGCUCCGUGGCGCCCUCGCCACCGUCGACCGCGACUACGGCAUCCUCAACCGGGUCUUCCACAGCAUCACCGACACCCACGUCGCCCACCACCUCUUCUCCACAAUGCCCCACUACCACGCGAUGGAGGCGACCAAGGCCAUCAAGCCGGUGUUGGGCGAGUACUACCAGUUCGACGGCACGCCUCUGCUGAAGGCGAUGUGGAGGGAGGCGCGGGAGUGCAUUUACGUCGAGGCCGACGCCGGCAAGCGGAAGGGCGUCUUCUGGUACCGAAAGGAAAUUUAGAAUCAAUUCAUAAAUCAAGGUCUAGUUCCUAUUAAUUUUGCGCUGUUAGUUAAUUUGGCCAGUGUUUCGUUAUCAAAUCCAUGCUCUUGUCGUCGUCGUCGUUGUGUUCUUUACUCUUAGUUCGUCUUCUUGAUAUCUUU